AGUAAACGCUUGUUUACACUGACUUGGGACCAAAUAACAGAGCAGACACUUUUUGCUUGAAAGCAGAUUAAUUUGAGGGAACAGAUUAACAACGAUUGUUCUCCUUUUCAUAAUCUGGAGGUCAAGUGUGGACUGUCUGAGGUGAUAUGGAGUGCAGCGGGAAGGUAACGCCCCAGUUGAUGCUGGCUGUGGGGACGGCUGUGAUCGGCUCUCUGCAGUUUGGCUACAACACGGGUGUCAUCAACGCACCUCAGAAUAUCAUUGAGAGCUUCUACAACAAGACAUGGAUCGACAGGUUUUCAGAACCCAUUCCUCAGAGCACGCUGACAGCUCUGUGGUCUUUUUCUGUGGCCGUCUUCUCCGUGGGAGGAAUGUUUGGCUCCUUUUCUGUGGGCCUUUUUGUCAACCGCUUUGGCAGGAGGAACUCCAUGCUCAUGGCCAAUGUGUUAGCCUUCCUUGCUGCUGUGUUUAUGGGGUUCAGCAAACUGGCAGCUUCCUUUGAGAUGCUCAUCAUUGGACGUUUUAUAGUGGGUUUGUACUCUGGCCUCUCUACGGGGUUUGUACCCAUGUACGUGGAGGAAAUCUCUCCAACAUCUCUUCGCGGCGCCCUGGGCACUCUGCAUCAGCUCGGUGUGGUGAUUGGCAUCCUCAUGGCCCAGAUCUUUGGGAUUGAAUCCAUCUUGGGGAAUGCGUCCCUGUGGCCGCUGCUGAUGGGGUUCACUCUGCUGCCAGCCUUGCUGCAGUGUGCUCUACUGCCGUUCUGCCCAGAGAGCCCCCGCUACCUCCUCAUUAACUGCAAUGAAGAGAGCAAAGCCUGCAGCGUCCUAAUGAAGUUGCGGGGCACCGACGAGGUGAGUGAGGACAUACAGGAGAUGAGGGAGGAGAGCCAGAAGAUGAUGAGGGAGAAGAAAGUGACCAUUCCUGAGCUGUUUCGCUCUCCCAUCUACCGCCAGCCCAUCUUGGUUGCCAUCAUGCUCCAGCUGUCGCAGCAGCUUUCUGGAAUCAACGCUGUAUUUUACUACUCGACUGGGAUCUUUGAGCGAGCAGGUGUUUCACAGCCUGUGUAUGCCACCAUUGGUGCUGGGUUGGUCAACACUGCCUUCACUGUUGUUUCUCUGUUUGUGGUGGAGCAUGUGGGCCGACGACCUCUUCAUCUCAUCGGUUUGAUGGGGAUGGCGGUUUCUGCAGUUUUUUUAACUGUUGCCAUGGCACUAUUGGACCAGCUCAGGUGGAUGUCGUAUGUCAGCAUCGUGGCCAUCUUCAGCUUCGUAGCCUUUUUUGAAAUCGGCCCCGGCCCCAUCCCGUGGUUCAUUGUAGCCGAGCUCUUCAGCCAGGGGCCCCGGCCUGCUGCCAUCGCAGUUGCUGGUUUCUGCAACUGGUCUGCCAAUUUCAUAGUGGGAAUGAGCUUCCAGUAUGUUGAGCUACUCCUCGGUCCUUAUGUCUUCAUCAUCUUCACCGUUCUGCUGCUUGGCUUUUUCGUCUUCACUUACUUCAAAGUACCUGAGACAAAGGGCCGCACCUUCGACGAGAUCGCAGCAGGUUUCCGUCACUCCUCUGGUCAGGGGGCUGAAAAGUAUGCAGCUCCAGAAGAAUUCAACACGCUCAAGGGGGAUGACCCUGACCUGUAGACGCUGGCAGCAAGUACCUGCAACAAGUCACCCUCAUGUUUCACGGCUCGAUGUAACACUGCCGGUUUAAUAUUCACAUUGGUAUUUAUAGAUUUAUAUUGUCAUUGUGGCCUUAGUCUGUAGCACAAAUAAUUUUUU